GAGAAUAAUUGUCUCAGACAUCUACAACUAUUGUCAAGCUUCCAGAUCAACUGCAGAUCAGAAACCAUGAGGGCAACUUCUCUGUAUUUGGUGUUUGGACUGGUCCUGCUGAUGGCUUGGACCUCUGAGGCUCAGCCUCAGGCUGCAGUACCUGAGAGGUGUUGCUUCGAUUUUAUCGACUUCCAAAUACCAGGCAAAAAGAUUAUGAGUGCUUUGAGGACAAGUUCACAUUGUCCUAUCCCAGGCGUUGUGGUAACGACACCUAGAACCGAAUUCUGUGUGAAACCAGACGAGCCUUGGAUAAAGAAGAUGCUGUAAUGGGGCAGCAGAAACAGAAAUGGAAACGCAACAUCAUUCUACACAAAAUAAUACUGUUAUUGCUUCAUACAACUGUACUUUCUUAUUAUUUUUUUGUAUCUCCUGAUCAAUAGCUACUGCAAGAUGAAAGUUAAACCUGUUGUCAUUUCACGCUCUAUCUAUACAAAUGAAAAUUAAAAUGAACAGAGAUACCUGG